UUUGGAUGGAAGGAUAAAUUUGUUCUUGGUCCGCGAGAUUCGAUCUCUUUCGCCGUCCGCAGCGCCUACGCAUCCCAUCUCGAGCACACAACACCACACUUCCUAGAUUCGUACUGUCGACGAUCGUAAGCGACGUAUUCUUCGUGUUCGUGGUUUGGUGGGCUUUCUGCCCUGGACCACCUCUGACCCAAAUCGAUCGAAUCGAAUAAGAAACUAUGAGAUGAGAUAUGUCCAGCGCAUGGGUUACCUCGAGGUCGAACUUCUUGUAGCUGCUAAGUCGUCGCAGCCCUGCCCCUGCCAAUUAUGAUGAAGAUCCACAAACCAUAAGUGCACACAAUUGGUGAGUGAGCAUAAAUUCACUGUCUGAGGACGAAUGAACACAAUGCUCAUGAUACGGUGUACAAUCCCGUAGAAGGAAUGAGUAAGGCUGUGCUGAGAAGAUACACGUCGGGAAGAAGUCCGCCGGAUCGAUAGUGCAGAUGUCAGAAAUGUUCGCCGUGACAUACUGCGGCUGGAGUGGCUGAAUUGUGUGUGAUGAUGUUCUGUCGUCCGUAAUCGUCCUAAGUUGUUGAUGGGAGUCAAUUUCCGGGGCGGGCUGGCCAGGCUGUGUGUGAAAGACUAAGUGAAAUUCAAUCAGUCCCAUGGAAAAGGCGGAUGAUCAUUCGAUAUCAACAGCCGAGGGUGUGAUCGUAGUACAACAAGGUGUCGCUAAACCUUGUAAAGGUGGAAACUAUGAAUCUUUUGAGAGUUUUAUGCAAACCCUAGCUCCAUUGGCGGAGCUACCUGGUAUCGAUGAAGUAAUACUUCCAUCCAGUCUCAAUUCUGCCAUCGUCGGAAAGGAUGAGACGACCAUCUCAGCUGCAAGCGAGGAGGUCGAUUCUGUGCCGGAUGAAAUCAAACGACUGAGAGACUUGGUUGCUCUACUUCAGAUCCGCCUCGAUGCGACAUCUAAGGUGGUUGAAAUCCAGGAGACCGAAUUGUGCAGUCAAAUGGAUGGCGACGAGGAAUCGAAAUCCAAGUAUGAAAAGCUCUUGACCCGAUGGCGACGUGAGGUCUGCAUUUUGUUGCUGAAACAACGGGUGGAUGCUUUGCAAGUCGAGCAGCAAAGGCUGCAGCGUACGCAGAAAGAGCAGCACCUGACAGUGCAACUUCACGAGGCCCGAGCGUUGAUCGAGGUCUUGAAGCAGAAGGAGAGAAACCUGCAAGCUGAAAUUGGAAUUCUCACAACAGGACAGAAGCUAGCCGAGAUGACAAUGAGAGCUGAAGCUGCGAGGAGGAAGCACGAGAUGGAGGGGACAGUGACGGGUGUUACCCGGGCAGCAGUGGAGUCAUUAUGCAGUCAUGUCGACGAACACUCCGCCAUAAUGUUUCUCCAACUCGAACGACUGGCGGAUGCUUUCAGCAGGUUGGACCUGUAUGUGAGGCGACUGAGUUUCAGUGAGCAUCAAGUAAUGAUGGUUCUAAGGCAUGCAUGUUCCGACACGAAACCAACCGGUACACUCACGCACCGGGAAAAGGUUGAGGAGAAUAUAGAGAAGGCUCGAGCAGAAAGGAGGAGAGAUCGAGCAGCCGUUGAGCAGUUUGUGAGGCGGUCGGCAAAUGACAACACUGGACGCGCAAACCAACUAGAGGUGCUGUUGGCUGCAACCAAAUCUCAGUUGACUGAAGAAUGUCUACAUGCAAGAGAGCUGCAGGAAAGGAUAGGAAAAGCAGAAUUAGAAGGGAGAGAAGCAGUGAAGAAAGCAACCAGAAAGGCACAGGAGCAAGCUGAACGUGACCUUGUGGCAAUAAAACGCCAACAUUCUCAGACUGUACAAUCUUUACAACAAAAGAUUUCAAAGCUUCAAAAUGAGCAUACGAAAAGCAUAGUUGCCCAUCAUCAGUUGGAGCGUAAAUUAUCGCAGCAACAACAGGAGUUUGUACAAACGUUGAAUCAAAGAGAUAAUGAAUUCAGGAAAAGCUUGGAUGCCAAAGAGAUAGAGGUGAAUGGUCUUCUCGACGAGCAGAACGCACUCCUUAACAAACUGAAAAAAUUUUGGCGACCCAUUCUCAACUCUUCUGCUGCCAAGAUAUUUGCUGACAAGACUCAACGAAGUCAGUUGCACACACCCCAAUCUUCACAGAGCAUUAUGUCGAUUGAAUGCAAGCCCGAAUACUUGGAAAAUAGCUCGCUCUCUGUGAGAUCGGUAGAGACACAAACGGCCAUUGUGGAUGUCAAACGUGAGAGAAAGAAACCCCUGAAGCAAAAAAGCAACUCAUCGGAGCCAGCAGAGCAAGAUAACAAAAAUAAGAAGGAAACGAAGGAUAAAAAAGAGCCAGCAGAGCAAGAGAACAAUGAUAAGAAGGAACACAAGGAUAAAAAGGAUACAACAAAGGUCAGAAGGACAGAAAGCCAGAGCUUGUCGAGCAGUAGACUUUCUACACCAGCUAAAAAGACAAGACAAGAUUCGAAGCUCAAGAAAACUGAGGAAGACUUGAUAUCAUCGUACCUUACUAAACUACAGAAGUCUUACGUUUCCUCCGGGAAACAACCUAAGGACAACCAAAAGAUGAACACGAGAAGUUUGGACUCACUGCUUGAGAAGAAUCGCGAGGCGGAAAUUUCUCCCGUUCCUUCUUCACCAAAUGGUCCGGACCAUCUCGACUCAAGAGCACAACCAGACCCCAGUCAAGUAUCUCAGUCCUGUAGGAGUUCCACGGCAUUUUCGGACUGUCCGAAUACAAACGACGAAUCGUUGCCCCAAUAUAUUAUUUGCAUACCUCCCCAAGACCCAGGGGCUGGAAAGGACCUCUUCGUAAAAUCACAGAGGAAGAAGCAAGCUGCAGAAUCUUCAACAAUUGCCUUGCAAGAAAAGUUAGAGAAUCUUGAAGCACUCAGUGAGAGUUUACUUGGCCAGCGGAUGUGAUGAAUAGAUGCAGUAAAUGGAACAAAAUGGAUCUCAACUGCUAUGCCAGAAAACUGCUGAUACCAAAGGAAGUGAUUUUCUCAACGGAAAAAAGUACUCAACGUUCCACUUCAUUGUAGGCAACUGAACUCCUUACUGGUGACCUAGGGGUCACCUCGAUUGUUCUAUUCCUUAUCUUAGACUUGAGCAAGGCCGCUGCAAAUCCGCAAUGUGAAGAUUAGUCUUGUAGCCCUAUGGUUUUGCAGUCCUGAUUGGAUAUUAGAGUUGUUCCCCUCUAAUAACUCGAGACCUUUUAUAAGUUGGUUGAGUCGUGCAGCCCUGCAACUUGCGCAGGACUGUUGCGGAAUUCACGAUGGAUCGACAGUGGUCUUCUUACCAUCAGUCUUUGUCGUGAAUGCGCAACCUUGGGCAGCAAGCUCGGACCAUCCAAGGCUUUGAGUUUGUACAAGUAAUACAUACAUGAAACAAACUCACAAUCUUUACGUACCUGGAUACACUGAAGAACUUUACAGAGUCAGGUGGUCACACUACUUAGGAUCGACUACAUUAUAGUAUCCCGAGUAAUUUACCUGCAAGUCUUCCUCCCCCGGAAAGCCUUUCAGAUUAAUAUCCAUGGGAUAGUUUUGGAGAUGUGAUAACAAAGAUCUGU